AUGUCCACGGAUUCUCCUAUGGAUGUGUCCAAGGAUGAUGGACCCGUCAUCGACGAGAAACCUGACAAUCGACGUGCUUCUGGUGCCAGACGGUCGCGUCGAAAGAAGGACGACGAUACCAACAACAACACCACCACCGAAACUCCCCCCAAACCUAAAAAGGAAGCCAAAGAAAAGGCAACUCGAGCACCUCGUCGCCCAAGAGAAAAGUCUACCGCUACCGCUGCUUCUCGCAAGAAACCUAAGCUGGAGCAAACCGAAGAAGCCACACCCGCCGCACCUGCCGCACCUGCGACGGCAAACCCUCCCAGUCCCCAAUCACAGCCACCACCACAAUCGCAAUCGCAGCAAUCGCAACCCAUACAAUCUCAACCCGCCCUAACACCUCCACAACCUGCUCCUGUUGCGCCUGUAUCUGCGCCUUCUUAUACAAGUCCUCACCCGGCCCCGGCCCCGACCCCGACCCCAGCGCCUAAUUAUGCCUUGUCAUCACCGUAUCCACCACCAGCGCAACCCCCAUCCCAGUCAACCCAACCUCCCCCGCAACGCACCAGUGGUCAAAACUUCGACCCGAUUAGAUCAGCUUUUGAUAACCCAUCGCCAGCGCCAGCUUAUAGUCCAACACCUGCCAAGUCACCGCAACCCAAUUACCGUGCCAGCGCGUCACCGGCGAUCUCCAGCAUAAUUGACCCACCUACCCAAAAUGCACGUAUUUACACCCCAGUGCCGCGCUCCUCGUCUGCCCAUGUCUCGGCUGUGUCUUCUCCUGUGCCAACCCCAUCGUACCCAUCGCUAGGGCCGUCGGCAUUACCCGCGUCAUCGCCGUCUCAUGGAACGGUCCACGUCCCACCGGCGCUGCAAUCUUCGAGUCACUACAGCACUCCUUAUCCACCAUCAGAGAAACUUUCGAUCCCUCCACAACCUCCUCAGUUAGAACUGUCACCGCCGGCCUUACAGCCCCAACAAAAAAAGCCCCAGGCACAAGCCCCGCAGCCUCAGACCCCAGCGCAAAAGGCUACGCCACAACGGCCAGCUCAGAAAACUGAUGCAAUGGAGAUUGACUCAAAACCCCAGAAAGAAACGCCUGUGCCGAGCGCAAAGAAAGAAAAGGGCGCCGCGACUGCUCCUUCCUCAAAAGCUCCGUCUCCUAAGCCGGCGCGCGCAGCUAAGGAAACCCCACAACUUCCCCAGGGGUCGGGAUUGAUCACCAAUGCGUUGUUUGGUAUGGGGGGUGACGAUUCUUCCAAAUCAAGUGAUGCGCGCAGUACACCCAACAUCGUGGUGCAUAUCCCAUUAUCAAAGGGCAACCAGAUUGUUAAUUUUGCACAGCUGGCAGAGGAACAAUACGGGUUUGCUGCCUUGCACCCUCGUUUGGCAGCCCACAAAGAUCGGCUCGCUCGCGUGGCUGCCGCUGGCGCUGCGUUAGAGCGAAAUGAAAAGGGACUGACUGAAAGUGCGGAUGAGGAUUUGAGCCUCGAAGCAGAGCGCGACAGUGAUGUGGAUGGAGAUGUCAACAUGAGUGGUGCAGGAACUGCCACCAAUGGUGUGACCUCGGAUGCUGGAGACGGCAAGAAGAAAAGACGAAAGAAGGUCGAGGAGUACGAUCGAGAUGAUCCCUUUGUCGACGAUACGGAGAUGGCAUGGCAGGAACAGGCUGCUGCUAGUAAAGAUGGAUUCUUUGUGUACAGCGGUCCUCUUGUACCGGAAGGCGAGAAGAUCCAAGUGGAACGUGCGGAUGGAACCAUCAAGCGCGGUCGAGGCCGAGGCCGGGGUACGGGUCGGAGUAGAGCAUUGGCUUCUCAUCCCCAUGUCGCCAUUGCUGCUGCUACUGCUGUGCCAAUUUCCCAGGAUACCGGUUUGCCCCUUCGCGGACCCGGUUCAAGAGGAGGUACCUCGCGCAGGCCACGAGGAGCCAAGAAGACCGAUAAUGCCGAUAAAGGCACUCCCGAGCGCAAUGGCACCGCUGCAUCUGCGGUACAUGAAGGCCGCGGUGGCCGUGGAGGAGGCACCCCAGGAACCGGUCGUGGAGGAAGUUCCGCCAGUACUCGCGGCGGUAAAUCCGGUUCUUCGGUGAUGAACUUGAUGGACGUGGCAUCCUCGCCUCUGUCUAAUUCGACUCCGAAUAUUACUCCCACUCACGGGCCAAGUCCUUUGGCUGGACCGGAACUGGCUAUGAAAUAA